UGACGCUCUGUGCGCGUGUCCGGUAGCGCGAGGCGUCAGAGGGACGGCCGCUCGGGACUGAUCUCCAGAUUAAACUCCGCGAUCUUCACGAGCUCCGCUUUGAUCCGGGUCACCGACGGGGUUCGGCUCUCCGGUUGAGGAUGAUGUCGGUGGCGGCCCGCUCGCGCGCUCUGUCUCCGUACCUGCAGGCCACGAGCUGGACUGUGAGCGGCUCGCUGAAGCCGCUCAUCCCCGCGCGCCCGGCGCUCGGCCCCGCGCCGCCUGCGCUCGCGGCGCCCUUGGCGGAGCGCUCGCCGCCGGGACAGGAGAGGCUGCGCGCGGGGAGCGCUCGCAGAGGACCCGCGGUCAGCGCGAGACUGAACGCUCCUGCAGGAGUGCGAUUCGCCCACACGGACAUCAAGGUUCCCGACUUCUCUGAUUACCGCCGGCAUGAAGUGGUCGACCCGAAGAAGUCUUCUCAGGAGAGCAGCGACUCCAGGAAGGCCUUCUCGUACCUGAUCACGGGCUCCACGGCCGUCGUGGGCGUCUACGCCGCCAAAACCGUCGUCUCGCAGUUCGUGUCGUCCAUGAGCGCAUCAGCAGACGUCCUGGCGCUCUCCAAGAUCGAGGUUAAGCUGAGCGACAUUCCCGAGGGCAAGAACAUGACCUUCAAGUGGAGAGGGAAGCCGCUGUUUGUCCGCCACCGCACGGAGAAAGAGAUCGCCACAGAAGCCGCUGUGGAUCUGUCGGAGCUCCGAGAUCCUCAGCACGAUAAGGAUCGCGUCCUUAACCCAUCCUGGGUCAUUGUCAUCGGCGUGUGCACUCACCUGGGCUGCGUCCCGAUCGCCAACGCCGGCGACUACGGCGGAUAUUACUGCCCGUGCCAUGGCUCGCACUACGACGCCUCCGGCCGCAUCCGGAAAGGCCCGGCUCCGCUCAACCUGGAAGUGCCGUACUACGAGUUUCCUGACGAUGAAACGGUCAUCGUUGGAUAGAGAACUCUGUGCUGCUGCUCGGUCUGUUCAGUUUGAUCCGAGACUGUGUUUAUUAAAUAUAUCGGAGGUAGAACGCUGAUCUGGGAUCAGCCUGUAUCCUCCUGUUCUCUGCGGUCUGAUCAGCGUUCCAGCUCCGGUCACUGCGUUUGAUAGAUACAGGCUCUGAUCUUUGUUCAUUCGUCUGAUCUCCUCCAGCUUUCUUCAGGCGCUUUACGUUGUUGAUGAUUGUGGAUUAUGAACAAAAGGUCGUCUGUAGGUAAUAAAUGUAUAUUUUAUUUGAAA